AUGAGCAAUGAAACAUGUCUUGAUAUCAAUGCUGAACUGUGGAGGUAUCGGCGUGAUUGGAGUACCCAGCCAUCGACAAUAUUCAUUUUUGCCUUCCUCUAUGCAGCAAUUAUUGUUAUCGGUAUCCUGGGCAAUCUCUGCGUCAUACUGGCCAUCUCAAGAACCAGGACACUGCAGACGGUACCAAAUAUGUUUAUUUUUUCGCUCAGCUGCUCCGACCUUGUGGUGUGCUGCACAUCAGCCACAAUAACGCCAAUUGCGGCUUUUAAAAAAGAGUGGAUUUUUGGUGCUACGCUAUGCUCAAUAGCUCCAUUUAUUGCUGUUAGUCCUCUUUUGCGACCAUUUACAAUAAGCAUGAUUUAUUCGCUGGCCAAGUUUGUCGAGUUGAAAAGUGCUUCUCAGAAAUUAGGCAAAAAACUCGUAUGUGGCCUCACACCAGAAGUCAGGAACAAGAAUACGUCAAAAUUCGAAAAGCUUAAUUUCGAGCACCAAUAG